CUGAGAACCAUUCGCCCCGUAAUAAGCGAUCGGAACUUCGCCCUGAAACCAUUUAUUAACUGCCGAAGGAACAACCUUGAAAGAUUCGCCUUCCUCGAAGUCGACGAAGGUGGAAAAUCCCCCGUGUGCCACGAUAGACAGGUAUCGAGGGAUCUCUCGUUGAGCUCCCUCGCGGUGGGAUGGCAACUUCGUAACUCGAUUGGCCGGUCUUCCACGUGCUCACCGGCGCCCGUCACGACUAUCGGCGACGAACAUUGCGCGGUCCACUAUGGUGGGAGCAAUAUGUUUUUUAAAUCCUUACUGAUCCUAUCCGAGCUUCCGCCACUCUUGCAUUGAGGUGUAUGCUGCACGCACGGUGCGAGGUGACAUAAAACAGGUGGUGAAGAUAGACAGAAGUCAGACGAUUUCCAAACAAUUGGUGGAGUGCGAUUCGGGCUUCUCGCGCUGAUAAACUUUCGAGAUGAAUAUUUUUUCAUCGAAAUAAUCGCGAUAUUAUCUUGAAAACGUAUGAUUAUCGGCAAUUAAUGCGGCAAUUAAUUAUUUUUCGGUGAUUUAUUGAUGACCAAGGGAAUCAAGAAGACAAGACAUUUCGACAUCCGCAAGGUCAUCUCGCAAGAACUAACAAAUAUUCGGUCAAUCAGAAACGCCGAGAAAAAAGUGAAAGGUUUCUAUGCCAAAGUUUAAAUCGGAAGUACGGGGGUGUUGAAAUCCCAUAUAAUUGGCGGGCGUUACUCGUCGGGAAUUAGAUAGCACUACGAAUCGCGACGUGCUAGCCGAUUAAUUCUGUAAACCGUCAUCGAGCUAGAAGCGGAUACUUGCCUUCAUUGUCAGCCGCGACACGCCGCGACUGCUGAAUUGCCGAUGAUAAGUCGCCUACCCUCGUGAUAUCACUUAUUCCGCAACAAUACGAAAGAUUGAAUUUUGCCAAAAAUGAAGGAUCUCAUGUUAAUCUGGAAUAGUUUAUCGCGUUGUCGGGAUUAUUCAAACGAUGCCAAUUCCGACGAGCAAAAUGAAAAGAGAAGAUCGUCGCGAGUUUCGAACAACAUUCGAAGAAAGUCCUCGGUAGUGGUGAAUAGAUUAUAUAAUACUGCUCUACCAGUGUAUUCUGAUCGCAGAGGAAGAUGGCCAAAACAUACCUUCAUGCUGAUAAUUCUGAGCUUGCUCGGCAUCGCAACCGGUUGCUCCAUACUACUAUUCCACCCCUACGAGGUGCUCUUCAAUUGGAAAAUAACAUUCAGCGAGGGAGGCGAGAUCUUUGAGAAAUGGCGUAAACCCGAUGUCGAGAUCUAUUUGAAAGUUUAUCUAUUUAACGUGACAAAUCGCGACGAAUACCUAGAUGGUCGGGAAAGCAAGCUACGAUUCCAACAAGUUGGUCCUUACGUGUACAAAGAACUGUUCGAGCAUGCAGAUAUAGUUUUCAAUGAUAAUGGUACGUUAUCGACAAGACCAGUGCAUCCACUAAAUUUCAUCCCGGAAAUGAGCAACGGUACGGAAGAGGAUCUCGUAAUAAUGCCGAAUAUUGCGUUGUUCAGCAUUACGAAUGUGAUGAGAGACGCCUCGUAUAUAUCCAGAUGGGGCCUGAACAUGUUAAUCCGUCGGACAGACACUCAUCCUCUGGUUGAAAUGACUGCGCACGAGUUCAUGUUCGGCUACGAAUCGACUCUCGUUACCCUUGGCAAUCAGCUGAUGCCCUCCUGGAUCAAAUUCGAUAAGCUGGGAUUAAUCGAUAGAAUGUACGAUUUUAAUGGUGAUUUCGAGACCAUUUACACGGGAGAAACUGAUCUCCGAAUGACGGGCUUGAUUGAUAAAUACAACGGAGACGUAAACCUACCGCAAUGGACUGGAAAAUGCGCGAAUGUGCAUGGUGCGAGCGAUGGCGUCAAGUUUCCAAGCUACAUUGAACCGAACGAUACGCUCCUCUUCUUUCGUAAGAGUCUGUGCCGGAGCGAACGAAUGGUACGAAUCGGAGAGAAGCAAAUAAAGGGUCUGCAUGCGUAUCAAUAUGCGUUCCUGGAGAAUGAAUUGGACAACGGAGCAGUGAAUCCAGAAAACAAAUGCUUUUGUCGUAAAGGGCAUUGUUUGAAACCCGGUUUAAUCGACGUGACCGAUUGUUAUUACGGAUUUCCUAUCGCUCUGUCAUAUCCACAUUUCUAUAAAAGCGACCCAUCAUUAGUAGAGGCUAUUGAAGGAUUGCAACCUACAAAGGACCUACACGAAUCCUACUUUUUCAUUCAGCCAAAAUCCGGGUUACCUUUGGAUCUGGCAUUCCGAUUUCAAAUCAACAUGGCCCUGCAAGAUAUCGGACACAUGGCUAGGGUGGAGAAAUUUAGUGAUAUGACGCUUCCACUACUGUGGUUUGAAAUAGGAAUGUACGAACUACCAACCGCGAUGCAUAUACGUUUCUGGUUUUACCUAAACUUCUUGCCGAUUUUGGAGGAAAUGGUUUUGUAUCUGGCGUUCUUAUCUAGCGUGAUACUACUUGUUUGGUGCGUAGUAAGGAUACUAUCUUACCAGACAAACGAAUCUCCGGAGAAGGGAUUGGAAAGAGAAAUAAACAUGAGACGAAAGCGGGCCCAGAAAGAUGAGUGUAUCAAUCAAAAAGGCAAAGAGAUGGACGCCUAUAGUUCGCUCUUGAUUUCCGGUGACGCAAAUCUAACGAUAACAGUGUAAUAAUUCAGUGAGUCUAGCCAUAAUGUGUGAGCGAGCACAAUAUUGAAGACAUUUAUAUAUAAAUAUCUUCAAUAGUCCUUCGGGGCUAUGUAUAUAGAAGUUUUUUACUAGUUGUGGAAAAACGUGCGCAUAAUUAUUCAAAUAAUAAAAAUUUUGUGGAAGAAUCAUAACGUCCUGAUCUCCAAAAAAAGGACGUUAUAAUUCUUCCUCUUCGAAAGAUAUAACGCAAAUACAAUUUAGAAAUGGAAAAUAUCCUAUGUGAAAAUUAGCGUAAUAAGCUCUUAAAAACACCCGAUAUUCAUUACUUAAUGACAAAAUUGCAUUUUCCAUUUGCAUUCUUCACAUAAUUUUGCAUUAACAUAAAUGAAAUUUUAUAUAACAAAAUAAUAUAACAAUGAAGUAUUAUUUUGCUAUACAUAUUAUGCACAGUAUAUAUUAUAUAUAUUGCUAUAUGCAUACGCGUGUUAUAUGUGCUAGUAUAUGCUAUAUGCUAAGUACACGAACAUUCAACGGAUAUUAUCAGGGUAUUCAAAGUCAUAAAAUUCAUUCGAUUUAAUCAAGCACAAUUAAAUCAUGAAUUAAUUCAUAAAUAUUUUUAAUUUUUGACUUUUGAUAUUUUAAUAAAUAAUAAUCGCCAAUUUUACAACUAUUUUCCGGUACUUCAUAUUUUAAUAACAAUAUGUUUAUUCAGUAAUGAACAAAGUUAUUCUCUUGAUAAUUAUAACGAGAUUUCUCGUAUGCUAGAUAAUUGCAAGCUGCCUAUAUUAUAAUGAAUAUUGAUAUAUUGAAAUGUUUUAUUUGUUACAGAAAUCACUUAAAAUUUCAAUUUUCUUAAGCUUAAAAAAAGCGCUUUAUUGAAUUUUUUAAUAAAGAAAUAAAUCAAAACAAUUUGGCUUGUAACAAGAUAUUUCACUUAUUCAAUAUGCUAAUAUAAAUCAAUAAUUAAUCAAUAAAAAAUAAUUUUUAAAAAUGCUCUUCCCGGAGAGCAAUGAUAUCAGAUAACUAUUGCAUUGGAAAUAAUGUGUGCAAAAAAUAAUUACAUUCAAUAAAAAAACAAGUUAUUUACGCACACAUUAAUUUUAAAAAUUCAUAAUAUUAUGAAAUAAAAAAAAGAAAUAUCGUGUAUAUUAUAGUACAUUUAUACUAUACAUCUUUAUAAUUAUUUUGUGUCGAUUUAUAUUAGUGCAAAAAUAUUUAUACUUUUCUAUUCUGUGUUUUUAUUUUAUGUUGUGUAUAACUAAAUUAAACUAAUUUUUAGAUAAAAUGAAACAAUUACUAAAGAAUUAAUUUGAAACUAUUGUAAUUCUUUACAUAAAUUUCUCUUAAAAAAAUUUUUAUAAUUUUCUAAGGGCUACAACAUAAAUUUAUUUCGUAUAUUCAUGUUGAAUGUCAAUAGUGGUUCCUUUUAUCACUUAAUGAACUUUAAUUGCUAUACAUAACAUGAUAGCAAUCAUAUCUGUGAUAGUUUCAUUUUGCUCUUUUAUGUUUCAUUUUCAAACAGUAUUUUUUUAAAUAUAUAAGAAUGAUGUAGAGAAAUAAGCUAUGUUAAUAUAGAUGUAAGAAUAUAUUAGCAUUUUUAUUGCCAAUUUUAUCAAAUUUAUAUAUUAAUUAAUAGAUUUUAAAUUAACAAUCCCUCACAUAUUUAUCUUUAGAAAUAAAGAUAAUAUAAUUUCUAGAGUAAUUUAAAUUUUUUAUUUUAAGGUAUGUUGAAAUAAAAAAGUGUUUUUUAAAGUAUCUUACAUAUUUAUCUCUUUUAACAAAAAAGAAUGGAUAAAAUUAUCAUCUUUUAUGCAUACUUGACUUUUGUACAUACAUAUAAUAUACAUCUAUAUAAUAAUUAAUUUUAGUUAUAUAAUUAGUUAGUAUUAGUUAUAAUUUUCACUUGUCAUACAUUGUGUUAUUAUUGUUAUUUCCUCAUUACAAUACUGAAUUAUAAUAUCUAAAAUAAGAAAUUGUGUAAAUCAUUCUUUACACAUUAUACAUCUAAAUAGUUUUUUCUAAGCCAACAUUUUCAUGUUCGCAAGAACAGAUUUACAUGAUUUUUUGCUCUUAACUCAAUGCUGUAAAGCAACAAAAACUGUAAAUUUUCCAUAUAUUUUUAAUUUUUAAUUUUUUUUAUUAUAAAAAAAAUUAUUUAAGUUGUCAUUUAUCGAACAAUAUAUAAAAUUUCUAAAUAAGAUAAAAUAUUGCAAGCAUAUACAUAUACAUAUAUAAUAACAUCAUAGUAACACAUUUGUGUAAUCUGCACAUAACUUUUUUUUAUCUCAUAUCGCUUCCUUGUAAAUAUGUAAAUAAUUAAUAAAUUAUUGAAAAUGUGAUGCGUAUUACUGAAAUAUUAUGUUUAUUGUUUGAUUAUAUUUGCAUAUAUUUUAUUUUAAUAUCGGUAAGCUUAUAAAAAAAAUGUGAUCUUAUAUGUAUAUGCGUGAAAAAUUAUAUGAUUUUUUUAUGCAUUUACAUAUAUGUAUAUAUAUUAUAUUUACUCUUUAUAUUAUUAUAAAACUCAAGAAAAUUACGAUUUUAAGCAUCACUUUAGCAAUAAUAUAAUUUUAUAUAUAAAACACACACACACACAAAUAUAUAAACAUUAGCAUAUAAAUAAAUAUAUAAAUAAAGCUCAACGAGAAAUAUUUUUCUCUAGAAAAUAUCUUGCCUGAUUUAUAUAUAAAUAUUGAAAAUGUGUAGAUUUAAUAUUAACUAUAAUCAAUAUGUUCACACACUUAUUUGUUUAGAAUAUUUAAAAAUGUAAGGAUGGAUUUGUAAUAUGAUUUACAUAUAUACAGUAAAUCUUAUGUAACUUCUUUUUAUACAUGUAGAAUAUUACAAUGUAUUAGUGUGAUUGCAUUACUUAAUUCUAUAAAAAUAUCCUUUGUAUGUGAUACAAAUUGGAGUAAUAAAACAGUUUAUAAUACAAA